CUGCUACUUCUCCAUUGUGAUCUGGGAGCUCAGGCAGAGCAGGAGGGUCUGUGCUGGGGACACCUUCGUUACUCCCCCCUGCCCUGCCCGGCUCCCGCUGGAGCCACCCUGGGCUCUGCCCGCCCCGUUGCGGAACUGCAGCCUCCAAGCUACAGAAUAACAUCCACGUUUCACUCCAGAUCAUCCUAUCCUCCCAAGGGGAAGGAAAUGGCUACAAUGGAGCUGGCUCAGGAGCCGGUGACCUUUGAGGAGGUGGCUGUGUAUUUCACCAGGGAAGAGGGGGCUCUGCUGGACCCCACUCAGAGAGCCCUCUACAGGGAUGUCAUGAAGGAGAACUAUGAGAUGAUGGUCUUGCUGGGGUUUCCAAUUUCCAAACCUGAUGUCAUCUCGCAGCUGGAACGAGGGGAAAAGCCAGGGGUCUCAGACCUCCAGGUCUCUGAGAGAGAAGUGCUCCAAAGAGCUGCCUGCACAGGUGAUGGGAUGGUGAAUGAGAAUGAGGAGGAGAAACCCCAGCAGGAAGAUGCUGAGCAAGUAGAACCACAUGGAAUGUUAUCAGGAAGAUCCAAAGGGAAUGUUUCAGGGAGUUGUGCACUCCCAGAAAAAGCAAAAGUCUGUGAGACUCAGCAAAGGCCAGAGGAAAACUUCAGUAGCCACUCAGCCCUUAUUACACAUGACAGAAUCCACUUGCAAGAAAUAUGCUACAAAUGGCAGGAGUGUGGGAAAAGCUUCCAUCGGAGCUCAGACCUUGUCACACAUUGGAGAACCCACACUGGAGAGAAACCCUACAUGUGCUCUGAGUGCGGGAAAAGCUUUAGUCAGCGUUCAAACCUGAUCAGACAUCAGAGAACCCACACAGGAGAGACGCCCUACACAUGCUCUGAGUGUGGGAAAACUUUCAGUUGGAGCUCACACUUUAUCCGACAUAAGAGAAUCCACAGAGGAGAGAAGCCCUACAUAUGCUCUGAGUGCGGGAAAACCUUCAGUCGGAGCUCACGCCUUAUCCGACAUAUGAAAAUCCACACAGGAGAGACACCCUACAUGUGCUCUGAGUGUGGGAAAAGUUUCAAUCAGAGCUCAAGCCUUAUUACACAUCAUAAAAUCCACAUGAGAGAGAACUGUAAUAAAUGCCUUUACUAGGGCUGGCCAAAGAUUUUUGCACCAUCUUCACCAUGGUCUCUCAGCUCCACCAGAUGAGUUGCCUGCUUCUGCCUUUUGCAGCUCACCUUCUUUGGGGUCAGUCCUGUGAUCUUUUCUAUCAACUCCUUUCCUCUUGAAUCAUAGGAGCGUGUGUCCCUCCAGCCAGGAAUGUUCAUCUGCUCCAGGUGGGAGAGAGAGGUUUGAUUCCCAACAAGCUACACUGAGGCAAAAACUACUUGUGCCUUACAGCCACUGGGACUGUACAUGGCAUUGACUGCUUAAGUUGGUGAUCUUGGUGUAAAAAGACCAUUAUAGUUGUAGUGCAGAUGCAGCCCAGGUGCAGUGGUUGGCAAUAACUUUCCCUUUGACCUGACCUAAACUCCAUCACUUUUCCUUGUCUAAACAAACCUUGAGCAUCACAGUUAUACUGUUUCCCCCAUUUCAAAGCAAUUGUUAGUCAUCAAUUGUCCCCUUGGGGAACAAAUUUUUUCAUUCCCAGUUGCUCUGAUGUUGCUUCAGUUUUUGCUGGAGAGCAGAUAUUUUUACUACUAUUUUCCUCACUUAAAAUACAUUGAACUAUAAGAAAGAGCAGAAACAGGGCAGGGAUACGGAAAAAUGUCAUUUCAGCCUCUGUAACAGCAGGGGAAGAUAGGGUAAGUCAGAGGGAUUCCCUUAUUCCCCAUCACCAUCCCAGUCCCCCUGUUCUUCAGUUGGUUUAGGUUAAUAUUUUUUUAAAGGGCUGGGAAGAGUAUUCCCUAGUAAAUGACUUGUAAUUGGUAAGCAAAAUACCCAUGCAUUGGGCUCCCAAAGCAGUUGUGGCCCAGGCCCUGCAGGAGGUCGCUCCUGAAGAUAUUUCCUUCCUAAUCAGCUGCAUGUUACCUAUUAUUUGGGAAAUGCAAUCCCUAUCUAGGUAGGGAUGGGAAAAAUGGAAGUGACAUUUCUGUUCAGCUCACUCCUGGGAGAUGCUGCAAAUGUGUAGGAAAUGAAAUCUGUGUUGAAUGUGGUAUAGCUGCAGAAAGAUUCCUAUUUUUAAUAGAUACCUGACAUUUGGUGUCUUACAGGGAUUCUAAGCAGCACCUGAAUUUAGUCCCUAAUUUAAAUCUGUGCCACCAGAUUAAAGAAAUAAAAGGGCAUAAU